AUGUCCGCGCGCGUUCCUCUUCGCGGUAUCCGCGCCCUCACCAGGUCCCUCUCCAGCGCAUCGGCGAGCACGUCCAAACCAUCACCGAGCGACGUGAUCGUGAUGCGCGACAUGGAGUUCUUCGCUCGGCACGGUGCGCUCGAACCAGAGCGCGCGCUCGGACAGAAAUUCCUCGUCAACGUGGAAAUCGCGUGCGAUUUACGCCGCGUGGGCGUCUCCGACAAUCUGCGGGACACGAUCGAUUACGCCCAGGCGUGGGGCAUCGUCCGGGAGAUCGUCGAGCGCGGAACGACGCGGACGACGAUCGAGGCGGUGGCGCACGAGACGGCGACGACGCUCCUGCAAACGUUUGACGGCGCGGCGUCCGUGCGAGUGGGAAUCGAUAAGCCACACGUCGCGAUCGAGGGUGGGUUGAGGUCGUUGGGUGUGCGCAUAUUUCGCGAUCGCGGCGACGCGGGCGAUGGAACCGUUCGUAGAGACGCGUGA